UACACAACACGUCAGAAUGUCAUCAGCGACGGUGCCGCUUCUGGAUGACGACACCGUGCCAUUUGGCGAGGAGGAGACGCUGGACGGAGCUCCGCAGAAAACGUACACACAUCCGUACAUCACAUUCUUCCACCUGUUCUUCCGCGGAGCCUCGGUGGUCACUUACAUGCUGUGCGGCUGGUUCAGCGACUCCUUCAUCACCAGCUUCGUGUGCGUGGUGCUGCUGCUGUCGGCGGACUUCUGGACGGUGAAGAAUCUGAGCGGGCGCUUCUUGGUCGGCAUGCGAUGGUGGAACUUCGUGGACGACGAGGGCGUGUCUCACUGGGUGUUCGAGUCCAAGAAGAACACGCGAGUCAGCCGCGUGAACGCCCACGAAUCGCGCAUCUUCUGGAUGGCGCUCAUCCUGUUUCCCGUGAUCUGGGCGGUCUUCUUCGUGAUCGCCCUGUUUGGGCUGAAGUUCAAGUGGCUCCUGCUCGUGCUGAUCGCCCUGGCGCUCAACGGCGCCAAUCUGUACGGCUAUGUGAAGUGCAAUUUCGGCGCCAACAAGAAUAUUAGCUCAGUGACGACGGACUUUGUGCGGACGCAAGUGCUGAAGAACGCCUUCGACAUGAUGACGAAGCCCGCGAAUCAGCCCACAGCGGCCAAGCCGACAGGCGUGAUUUAGGCCAUUCCACCUGAUCAGUUGGUGAACGUGUGUGUGAUGAUAUUUGAAAGUCCUAAGCAUUAAAAUAAAUAGUAAAUUAUCUGCGAA